ACCUUUAUUUACCCCACGCCCUUCCUGCAAAGCAAGGGGGCUUAUAUAUAGCCCUGGCCGGAUUCUUUUUCCUCUGCUCAACGCCGGGAGAGGAGCGCUUCCGCCGCCGCUUGCAAGAGUGCGCGGCUGGGGGUGGUCCCUGCAGCUACGAUGGAUUCCCCGGACAGCGGCCUGGGCCACGACAGCAUCUUUCCCCCGCUCACGCCCGGCCCGCGGAGCCGCCUGCAGCAGCAGAGGCAGGAGCUGCGACAGCUCAAUGACCGCCUAGCCGUCUACAUCGAGCGCGUCCGCGGCCUGGAAGCCACCAAGACGGCGCUGCAGCUCCGCCUGUCCGAUUGCGAGGAGGGCAGUAGCCGCGAGGUGGGCGUCGCACGGAGGGCGUACGAGAGCGAGCUGGCCGCGGUGCGCGAGGAGCUCCGCGGGCAAGUCCUGCAGCGCGCUGCUCUGCAGGUCGAGCUGGAGACCCUGCGCGAAGGGCACAGGCAGCUGCUCGCCAGGAGUUCUAAAAAUGAGGAUGAUUUAAGCCUGGCAGUCGCUCGUGUGAAGGACCUCGAUGCUCAGCUCCACUGCAAAGAGGCCGAAUUGACGACAUCCUUGAGUAGACAGCACAGCCUGCAGAACCACCUUCAAGAGUCAGAGCAUGAAAUCAGCUCUCUCAAGGUAAUGGUGUGUGAUUCAAAAAGCCAUCUUCAAAAUGAGAUGUUGAAUAGAACAGAUACAGAAAACCAAAUGGAAUCCCUGAAGAAACAAGUGACAUUUCUGAAGAACCUCCAUGAAGAUGAGCUAAAGAACAAGAAGCAGAUCUACGAGAGCAGGAUUCAAGAAAUACAGUCUCACCAUCACCAGGAAUUGGAGAGUACGCUGUUGAAUGCUCUCAGAGAGCUCAGAAAGGAACACGAACAACAGAUUUGGGUGUAUAAAGAUCAGAUGCAGCAAAACUUGGGUGCCAAGGUGGAAAACAUUCAGCUUUCUGCGGCAAGGAGUAGUGAGAUUGCCAGUUGUACUCAGGAGGAGCUCAGAGAAGCAAAACUGAGAGUGGAUUCUCUGCUGUCACAGAUUGCUACGUUGGAAGCUAGGAAUGGAGAUUUGGAGGCCGGAAUAAGGACAUUGGAGAACGCCAUUCUCCACGAACAAGGCUCAUCGAAGAAAUGCCUAGCUGAAAAGGACAGGGAGAUGUCCAAAAUGCAGAAGCAUAUAGAGGAGCAGCAGGAAGAGUAUGUGAAACAGCUGGAUGUGAAGCUCGGACUGGAUCUGGAGAUCAGUACAUACCGGGCAAUGAUAGAAGGAGAGGAAGAACGGUUAAGAGUGCCCAGGCCCGGCUCGGAAAGUGUUGGCACACUUGCAACCACCAGUCUGGGCAGCCCCCUCCUCCCGCGAAGGAGAAGAAAGAAGCGGGCACUUCCAGAACGCCAAGUCCACAGCGUUUGCGUAAAAAUGGUCCAGCAUGCAACAUCCUCAGGAAGUAUUUCCAUAGAAGAGAUCGACAAAGAAGGACAAUUGGUCAAAAUCAGAAACAAUUCUGAUCAGGAGCAGUCACUAAGUGGGUGGAAAGCAAGGAGGCAGCAUGGAAACCAGUCUGACAUAAUGUACGAGUUCCCUGCUCGAUGCGCCCUUGGGGCUGGUAAAGUACUUACAAUCUUGGGUGUGACAGAAAGUUCAAGCCCAGCUCCUGGUAUGCUUGUCUGGAAAUCCCCCAAGUCAAUGAGAGGUGGAGAGAGCAUUAGGAUUGUACUCCUUGACUCUGCUGGAAACCAAAUGGCAGAAGGAAAGCUCACUUGCGUAGAUAGAGGAGAAGGUGAUGGAGAAAUGGAGGUGGCUGCUGGGGAAGAAGGAAUGGAGCGUCAUACUCAGCAAAUAGAAAGUCGGACCUGUUUCAUAAUAUAGCCAAGAGAAGAUGGUGAGCAUCUGUGGAAGCUUCCUCCAACCAAAAUGCUGCUCUUUGUAUAUGAAAGUGACAACCUGCAGAAAGACAACCUCCGUUCAGCGUA